GCGCUGGCACAGUGGGGGAUCAUGCAUGACCGAGCGAGCGCUGCUCUGACAUGGGUUGAUUUCUUCAUGCUGAACUACACGACUUUCCACCGCUCCUGCUUAUAUUUGCCUCGUUUCAAGCGACACUUAGAAGUAUUUGUGUCCAUGCUAAGGAUUUUAUGAACUCGUUUUUUGCCACGGCACAUUUGAACGACUCCGGUUCAAGGAAAGAGCUGCUCCUAGUUCUUCAGCGGUUCUUCAGCCGUGACAAUACAGCGACAGCGCCGACGACACGGACACACAUCCGCGCGAGUAAAGGAAGAUUUGGCACUGUCUGUAGCCGGCUGGUUCUGUGGAGUUAAUUAUUAUUCAAAUGUUAUAGAAACAUUUCAGAGCAUAUUUAUGCAUGGACCACGCUCUUAUUAACUUGAAAAUCAACAAUUCAACGCUGCGUAGGCCUAUAGUUACAGAAACUAUUGGUGCCCAAAGAAGAGUUGAUCCGAGAGAAUAAUUAUUCAUUUGUGUAGGCUGUGGUAGACCGACUACAGGAGAAAACUAUUAUAAAGCUAAAAUUCAUGUUUAUAAUAUCUGUGACAUCCCACAUCUUCUGCGGUCGAAGAGGAUGCUCUUGUUGCUAUGAAUACACGACAAAAACAAUGACUGAAAUAUUGUCUUUUAAACGGAUCCUCAACUAAUUAAUAAUCAAGACAUUUACCCACCAAUUGCAAUAAUUUUUAUUCCACAAACUGGCAUUGCUUUUUUUUUACUGAAUGAAAAAACAACUUUUUUUUUUACAAAUGUCAAUUCAAGCCUCAGCACAAUAACUGCCUCGUGAAAUAAUCCAAUCAAUGCGUUAUACUCGAGCAGUCAACUAAGACAUAAGGCAAUUAUAAUUUAAAAGCCUUCAGAUGUGAAUCUAAUUUCACUCUGUUCAUUUGAAGAAUUCUACCGCGCCAGACGCUGCAUCGAGAGGGACCUUGACGUGUCCAAGUUCGGGAGCCAUGCCGCAGAUGGAAAUGAUCCUAUGCGUUUCGCUGGUGUUAUGGACGUGUGUCUACGGCCAAGAGCCGGCCUCCAAGGUGGUGUCCGACCGCUAUGCGGUCUACUGGAACCGGACCAACCCCAGGUUCUACCGGGGUGACUACCACAUCGACGUGUGUAUAAACGACUACCUGGACGUCUUCUGUCCCCACUACCUGGACUCUGUCCCAGAGGAGCGGACAGAGCACUACGUCCUCUACAUGGUCAACUACGACGGCUACAGCUCCUGUGACCACACGGCCAAGGGCUUCAAACGCUGGGAGUGUAACAGGCCCCACUCCCCAAACGGACCCCUGAAGUUCUCCGAGAAGUUUCAGCUCUUCACCCCCUUCUCUCUGGGCUUCGAGUUCCGCCCUGGCAGAGAGUACUACUACAUCUCAUCCACCAUUGCUGACAAUGGAAGGAGAAGUUGCCUACGACUGAAGGUGUUCGUCAGACCAGCAAGUAAAUACAAUUGUGUGAAAACUGUCAGUGUUCACGAUCGGGUCUUUGACGUCAAUGAGAGAGUGGACAAUUCCCUAGAACCAAGAGAUGACACCAGCCACGAGUCAGCUGAGCCAUCCCGAGGUGACGUCAACUCCGUGGGCCGGGUUCAGACCGCCGGCCUGCUGGUGACCUCCUCCCUGCUUCUCCUGGCGGCCAUCUUGUCUUCAUAGCGCCCAGCCUGAGGGUUUUAGACAGAGCGGAGUGGACCGCCCUGACUGGACCACAGGCCCCCCACAACCCCCAAGGAGCACUUUUUAACAGACAGUCUCUCUCAGUGCAAGGGAGAGGAGAGACUUAUAAGUGGAAGUCCUUUUUAUAAACAUUGCUUUGGGGAGUUAAGAUGCCAAAAGCCUUUUUGUCAUUUUACUUUCCUGUGAAUUUUGAUAUUUGAAGGCCAUGGUAUGCCGUUGAAUUUGCUCUCCCCACACCCUCUCACACACUAACACACACACAUUCUCUCUCUCUCUCUCUCUCUCUCUCUCUCUCUCUCUCUCUCUCUCUCUCUCUCUCUCUCUCUCUCUCUCUCUCUCCCCCCCCCCCUCUGUUGCCACACCAAACAUUUUGCAAGAUUAAACUACGGAACAAAAACAUUUUCCAAACCCCCAAAUGACUUUGAUUGAGAAUAUGAUGAAGUCUUGUGGCAAAUGACAAUUGAUCGUUUGAAGAAGGCUCGUGACUGAUCAGAUCAGCCAAUGGCAAUGAGGCCAAGGUAUACUGGCCAAUAAAAUGAGGACAAGGCAUGCUGGCCAAUCAACGGUGAAACAAGGAUCCAAAGCCAUGGUUGUAGCUUGGAGAAAUCCUGUUGCCAAGCGGAGGGUUGUCUGUUGUUUUCUUUCCUUUGAAGAGUCCUUUAGAAGUUCCUCUCAGGUGAUGGGGGUUGGAUUCAAUGACUCAGAGACUGGGAGAGGAUGUUUGAGAUUAACCGGAAAAAAUAAGCCCCCAUGUUUAGUACUUUCUGUCCUUUUAGGGGAAUUAGUGAUUGAUUAAUGUAUUUUUGAAAUAAAUCACAUAAUUCAAGUUUAGCAGCCAACACGGGUGUAUAUUUGCGAGGAGCGUGGGAGCUGAUAUGGUAUUUUGUCAGGCAAAUGUAUUUUCCUAUUUAUUCUUGAGUCCUCGUGCUCUGUCCCUUUUCUGAUUACUGUCCUGGUUCUGUCACUGUAACUACAGCAGAGAGAAGCCCAAAACAUCCCACCACUAAAAAGCAUCAGUCUCUCUUUUUGUUUAAGACAGGUAUUUCAUUACUCGUACACAUUAAAUAUCUGGGCUUGGACUCAAAAUGUAAUUGAAUUGGAUUGUUUUUAUCCAGCUGAGUUCAGGGAAGAGGACAGAGAGUCGCUUGUUGUAUCAGGGUGUAGGAAUGUGAGUUAUAACUGUGAUCUUCUCUGUAACAGUAAACACAAACGAUAUGCGUGCUAACAAGUCAGCCCAUAUUACAAUCCACUACUUCAUUUGGAAACAUUGUCAUAACCUUUACCAAACUACAUUUACGUUUAUAAACACAAGGUACAGGGAUGACCCCAUUCUGUAGCUAACACGAUUAGUUUCAAUUAUGUUUUUAGUAGUAUUCUUGGGUUCUUCCAGGCAAACAGCACACACUUGCAUUGAUAUUGAUAUUGAUAGGUUAGCGACCAUGCAGUGAUGAUCCGCCCACACGUCCCCGCAGUUCUCCUAACUUUGCAGGAAGGUUGUGGUAACAUUGUGGACAUAAGGUUCCUCUAUAGCAGCUGCAGCUCUGGUAUGAUUUAGCCGUGUCUUUGAUGUCGUGUGGAGCAGCGUCCUUGCAGACCACAUGCUGGGUGGCCAUGCGUUGGUUAUUUCUGGAAUGGAAAAAGAAAAGACCACCAGGAGAGAGAGGGAGAGAGGUGUCCUGUUCAGUCUCUGGAUAGGUUCACUAGCAGGGGCGAGAGAGGUGUCCUGUUCAGUCUCAGGAUAGGUUCACUAGCAGGGGCGAGAGAGGUGUCCUGUUCAGUCUCAGGAUAGGUUCACUAGCAGGGGCGAGAGAGGUGUCCUGUUCAGUCUCAGGAUAGGUUCACUAGCAGGGGCGAGAGAGGUGUCCUGUUCAGUCUCUGGAUAGGUUCCCUAGCAGGGGCGAGAGACGUAUCCUGUUCAGUCUCUGGAUAGGUUCACUAGCAGGGGCGAGAGAGGUGUCCUGUUCAGUCUCAGGAUAGGUUCACUAGCAGGGGCGAGAGAGGUGUCCUGUUCAGUCUCUGGAUAGGUUCCCUAGCAGGGGCGAGAGACGUAUCCUGUUCAGUCUCUGGAUAGGUUCACUAGCAGGGGCGAGAGAGGUGUCCUGUUCAGUCUCUGGAUAGGUUCACUAGCAGGGGCGAGAGAGGUGUCCUGUUCAGCCUCAGGAUAGGUUCACAUCAGGGGCGAGAGAGGUGUCCUGUUCAGUCUCUGGAUAGGUUCACUAGCAGGGGCGAGAGAGUUGUCCUGUUCAGUCUCUGGAUAGGUUCACUAGCAGGGGCGAGAGAGGUGUCCUGUUCAGCCUCAGGAUAGGUUCACUACCAGGGGCGAGAGAGGUGUCCUGUUCAGUCUCUGGAUAGGUUCACUAGCAGGGGCGAGAGAGGUGUCCUGUUCAGUCUCUGGAUAGGUUCACUAGCAGGGGCGAGAGAGGUGUCCUGUUCAGUCUCUGGAUAGGUUCACUAGCAGGGGCGAGAGAGGUGUCCUGUUCAGUCUCUGGAUAGGUUCACUAGCAGGGGCGAGAGAGGUGUCAUGUUCAGCCUCAGGAUAGGUUCACUAGCAGGGGCGAGAGAGGUGUCCUGUUCAGUCUCUGGAUAGGUUCACUAGCAGGGGCGAGAGAGGUGUCCUGUUCAGUCUCUGGAUAGGUUUACUAGCAGGGGCGAGAGAGGUGUCCUGUUCAGUCUCAGGAUAGGUUCACUAGCAGGGGUGAGAGAGGUGUCCUGUUCAGUCUCUGGAUAGGUUUACUAGCAGGGGCGAGAGAGGUGUCCUGUUCAGUCUCAGGAUAGGUUCACUAGCAGGGGUGAGAGAGGUGUCCUGUUCAGUCUCAGGAUAGGUUCACUAGCAGAGGUGAGAGAGGUGUCCUGUUCAGUCUCAGGAUAGGUUCACUAGCAGGGGCGAGAGAGGUGUCCUGUUCAGUCUUUGGAUAGGUUCACUAGCAGGGGCGAGAGAGGUGUCCUGUUCAGUCUUUGGAUAGGUUCACUAGCAGGGACGAGAGAGGUGUCCUGUUCAGUCUCAGGAUAGGUUCACUAGCAGAGGUGAGAGAGGUGUCCUGUUCAGUCUCAGGAUAGGUUCACUAGCAGGGGCGAGAGAGGUGUCCUGUUCAGUCUCAGGAUAGGUUCACUAGCAGGGGCGAGAGAGGUGUCCUGUUCAGUCUUUGGAUAGGUUCACUAGCAGGGACGAGAGAGGUGUCCUGUUCAGCCUCAGGAUAGGUUCACUAGCAGGGGCGAGAGAGGUGUCCUGUUCAGCCCAGAGGACCGGAGUGAGUGAUGAGGUGAGAGAGAGGCCCCAGCUGAGAUCAAUAGAAUUCGGCUUCUCAAACCCAGGAACACUCAGUAAAUAUUUUCCUCAGUCCCUUCACUUACUUAUACACAGUCUAUUUAGUGUACUGACACUCACUCACCUCCUUUGUAAAGGGUUGAAUGGACUAUCAGUGAGAAAUACAUUUAGUUUGACCAAAUCUGUAGAUAGGAAAAGUACAAAUUCAUUGUCACCGACAUUCACUUCGGGCAACAUUGGGAAAUACGGAUCACCUUGUCUUAUGGGUACUGUGUAUCCAGCCAUAGUCUAAUAGAACGUACAGUGUUAGAGCAGUGAUUCUCACACUUCUUUGAAGGGCAACCAGAUUUAAGGGAGACAUUGUUAAUGUUGUUAGUGAGAAAAAUGUAAAUGUUUGAUAUUUAAAAAAAACGGUUGAUUUCAUUUCUAAAUGUCUUUUUGUAUGAGAAACAUGAUCAAUGUUACAGUCUAUAUCUGUCAAUUCUGAAUCCACCGUGCAGUUAGCAUUAUGUGUAAGCGUCUCAAAUAUCAGCUGUGCAGUGUGUGUGUGUGUGUGUGUGUGUGUGUGUGUGUGUGUGUGUGUGUGUGUGUGCGUGCGUGCGUGUGUGUGUGUGUGGAGGUUGAAGUUAAGGUCUCUGCUAUUGGAAGUGCACUAUAUCCAUCCAUGCCCAUUCCAAGAACCAGACCACACUCCUAUCGCUCUCCCCUUUUGACCAGACCUUUACUUAGUAGUAUUUUCAUCUGGAAUGUGGUUUAGGUGCCUGAUGUUUUGAGUUCUUGUACCUGCUUAGUUUGUCUGUGGUCUCUCCAAUGGUUUCAGAUGAAGCUUCAGUAGUCAGUAGCACCAUGUUGUUGUACCUGAAUUCAGGAGAUGGAAUGUCCAUUUUUUUGUAAAGCUUGUUGAGUGCUGGUUUUCUGUGCAUAUCACAAUGUCCUAAAUCAGUUAACUGUAAUUUUCUAUUCAACCGUUGAUGUAGAGUAUUAGAUGCAGUUUUGUUACAGGGUGAACAGUGAGUCUGAUUAGAGGAGCUCUUCACCUGAAUUUGGUACCUGUUACUGUAGCCAUUUAGCCUGAACCUAAUGUCACUGUGCCCUCCUAUGUACCCUGUCCUACUGUAUGUAUCUGUCCCCUGUCCUCUGUCCCUGUCUUCUGUACUCUGUCCAUGUCCCCUGUCCCUGGCCUCUGUCCAUGUCCACUGUCCCCUGGCCUUUGUACAUGUCCACUUUCCCCUGGCCUCUGUCCCUGUCCUCUUGUCCCAGACCUAUUGUCCUCACCUCCCCAGACUGUUGUAACUCUUCCCUCUCUUCCUGGUCUAACUCGCUUUACCAGAUUUUUCUGCAAAUGUAUUUCAUACGAAGGCCAUUAUUUGUAAAUACACGUGUUGGAGCAGCUAUGACUAACUACAACAAAAAAAUGAUUUAAUAAAAGUUGUUUGUCAUUGUCUCUCAAA